AUGGCUGCGACGCCGGCCAUGUCAAAGGAAGUGGCCUUGCUGCGCAAGACUACGUCCUGUAUGCGUCCCACAGCUGACUUCUCACUCUUUCAGCUACAGCUGUCGGCGUAUGCCCUCCUGUCUUCCUGUGGAUUCCAGGGGAGUAGUGCGACCGCGUGCCAUGUGCUGGCCGAGCUGAUGCAACGGUACCUAGCAUUGCUCGCACGCACAAGUGCCAGCAUGGCGCAAGAGGCAGGACGAACACACGCUCAUGUGUGGGAUGUAGCGAGCGCAUUCGAGCAUGUGAUGGGGCCUGGCGCCUUGGACGAGCUGCUCGAAUGGGCUGACGACGAGGAGGUGUGGAAGCGAUCCGCUACAGACCUGUGGCCGGAGCCUGUGCAGCAACAGCAAAAGCAGUUGGGUGAGUAUGUACUGGCUGCACGCGCACAGCCCGAGCGCGUCAGUUUGGUGUUUCAGGAAAUCAAAGACCCAGCCUUGCGGGCAGAACUCGAAGUCCGGCAGGCCGUCGAAGCGACGUGGGAAGAGGAUCUCGUAUGGGGCGACGUAGCUAGCGAUGCACCGAGCAGCACUCCGUUGCGCGGGUCGUCUCCGUUGCUGCGCACUGACGACGCCUAUAUCCCCUCAUUCUUGCCGCCAUUGCCGAGCGCCGACGACUGGGAACGCAAGCCUUCAAUGCCUGAGCCGACGGAGCUCGGACCGUCGCCUCCCACUGAGACUGUGCUGCGCCCGCCGCAACCGCGCGCCGCGUCGGUCCAAGGCGUGCCGCCUGCCGACGAGGUAGGCGACGACGGCGUGCGCAAAGUAUGGCGCCGCAGUGCUGAUGCCUACGCCGGUGUCCUGGCCGACCAGGCCAACUCGCGCUCUGAGCUCCCUUCACUCACGGAAAGCCUCAAGCGCCGCCGUUCCAAUACGCCCCGCGCGGCACGCCCAUCCACCUCGUCCCUGGGCGCAUUUAUGCAUGCGAUGAAUGCUCUGGAAAGCGACCCCGUCAGCCGCAUACCCAUGUACUUGACCUCGCUGACGCGCUCGUAUCAUACGAAUCCGACCUCGGCAUCCUCAGCCGCUGCUGCCUUCAAGCGCCGCCGCCUCGCGCAUAGCAUUGCUGAUCCCCAGCGCUAUGUGCCCAACGACUCACUCCACGGCUGCGUGCAUGUGCAUCCGAUUUCACCGUCGAGUGCGCCAGGGCCAAGCCUGCUCAUCACGAUUCCUCCGCCGAAAGACGGCGUCGACGAAGAGGCGCAUGCUGCUACUGCAGCGCCCAUCUUCACGCCUGUGCAUCCGCACGGAAGGGCUGUGGCAUUGGUGCCGCCAGCCGGGGCACAGUUUCCCUCGCUAUCGUACCGACACCCGUCGCAUCUGUACUAUGGAGCACGCAUGCUCACCUAUCCGGAUAUGCAGCGCGCUUUUUCGCGGCUGAGUGACCCACCGGCCCUACUGGACGACCACCACACGGAGCAGGUGUACCAUGGCAUGGCAGCCAGCCGCGCGCUGCUGACAGGCACGAUGAUGUCAGUCCGCCAUCGAGAUACCCCUAGUGUCAUGGUUAGUCGCUACCGCGGUGCCAACUCGAUCCUCCAUGCCGCCUUGGAGCGCCUCCGCUUCCAUCUGGCGACCGAGCUCGAGGCCUCGCGCCGGGCCGCGCAGGCCGACGGGCAUGCCGAGGAGGUCGAAGAGCCUAUCCGUGGUGAGCGCAUCAAACUGCCUGUCAAAGGCACGCUGGUGCACUCGUGGGACUGGCGUAAGGCAGAGCCCUAG